AUGAAGGCGGGGCAGAGAGGUGGCUGGGGGAUGGUGGUGGUGGCGUCCGAUGCUGCGGAGGUAGGUUGUGCGGCGGCGGUGGUGGCUGUUCAGAGGCAGGGGCUUCGGGAAGGGAUUGUGAAGCCGAAUAGGAAGGAUUGGAGCGCUAAGCUCUCCGAUGCACUUUGGGCAUAUCGAACGGCUUACAAAACACCCAUUGGCAUGAGCCCUUUUAGGCUUGUCUAUGGUAAAGCAUGCCAUUUACCAGUAGAAAUUGAACACAAGGCUUAUUGGGCCAUAAAGGAAUGCAAUCUGAGUUUGGGUGGAGCCGGAGUAGAGAGGAAGCUUCAAUUGGCGGAAUUAGAAUGCUUGAGAUUAGAAGCCUAUGACAAUUCUAGACUCUACAAGGAAAAGAUGAAAGCCAUUCAUGACAAGAACAUUAGGAGAAUGGAAUUUAGACCCGGUGAGCUAGUCCUCCUUUACAACUCAAGGUUGAGAUUACUACCCGGAAAGCUUAGAUCAAGAUGGGAUAGACCUUACCAAGUAGAGAAAGUAGAGCCUUACGGGGUCUAUCACUUGCGCCACCCAUCAAGUCCGGACAUUUUCAAGGUAAAUGGGCACCAUCUCAAAUUGUACCAUGGUGAGCAAAGAAAGAACUCCAAGGAAUUUGAAGUAUUCCUCUUGAGAGAUGCCUCUCUUGAACAAGAACUUUGA